AUUUUGACCCCCCCCCCGUCUUUUGGUCCGGAUUAUACGUCCGCCGAACUUGAACACACAAAGAGGAAUAUGCCGUGAACAAGAAACGGUAGUCGGCAUUUUAGACACGUAUAUUUUACAGACCCAAAAUAUGCCUUAUUUCUUUGUAUUAUAGCUAAUUAUGGUAUAAAUAAUUAAUUAAUUACUUUGCAAUUUUGCUUCUAAUACUAUUAUAGUUGUAUUUUAAUGAAAUAUAAUAGUAUUAAAACGGUUUUCUUCUUUUGAAAAAAUUUAUUGCUAGUCCUGUUUCUAAUCGACUUUACUUGUGUAUUUUAAGCUUUUUUGUUGCUGUGCUUUUUCUGGAGAUUUUAGUUGGAUUGGAAAGCUCCUGUGUAAGGUACCCUUUCCUAAAGAAAAAUUGAAGUAAUUUGUACAAUUAUAACGCGCCGAGCUGUGUUUUAUUUUAUUGUUUCUAAGAAGAUGUAAAAAUACAAUAUUAUCAAUUUUAAUUGGUUUUAUCCAAAUCAAGAUUGUGUACAAUGGGAGUGAGUGAUGUAAUCUUCUAAUGCGUGUGGUGAAAAGAAGGCGAAUCCGUUAUUGUUUUUCUGCCCAAAUUUGAAGCUAUUUAAUAAAUCUUGAUAAAGUUAAAAAACUGUUUUGAUUUGUUUGUUUUUGUUUUAAUUGUUUCCCGUGAGUUUUCGAAAUUCGUUCCAGCAGAUUCUGUGGCUUCUACUGCCGGUAUUUUUACGUGAAAAAAAUACUGUUUUGUUGUGAGGUCAUUUACGAAAUCGUUACGUUAGGACCAACUUCUGCGGGUUGUACAACUCGAUGUAUCACAUAUCUUUCGGAAUACUGCUAAAAGUGUAAUUUUGUAUUGCGCUCUUUACUUUUACCAUUCUGUGGGAAAAGGCGGUACAAAAUUUUAACACGCGUUAUUCGUUUUUGUUAGUUUCGCGUAAUCUAAUUUUCUCGCACAUUUUGAAAAGAAUAUCCCACGCACAUCAAAUACUCGCGCAGUCUAUUCGCAAAAAAAACUGUUUUUGAGCAACGAAUUGUUCCGCAGAGCGUUCAUUUUCCUACCUCGUCCCCAGGGUUCUUCUAUAUGAUAUUCAAUUUUGAUGUAUUUCGGAAGAUGUUAGCGCCAAAGAAACAAGAAGCGCUAGGGACAAAGUAUUGGAUAGUUUAAUUUUGCUUGCAACUUGCGAAAUGCUUCGCAACCUUUUUUUUAAUUUCUAGUGAAAAAUUUGUCCCUAAACUAGUUCCGCUUCAAGUGCCAAGACUGCGCUGUGUGGAAUUUAGCAAAACCGGUGACGGCAUUUUGAACGAAUCAAAUAUCAUUUUUACGGAACAUUCGGCAGCCGGCUUUUCAUAAAAACAAAAAUGGUAGGUAUGGUAGGUGUAACUCUCGUCGCUGAACUACCCAACUACCCAACUUUUUAACGGAAGAUGCUUUAUCCAAAAUGCGAUUCCGUGGUUUUAAAUUUAAAUUAUUAUUAUUAGAAUUACGUCAUUCAAAUAUGACGUAUUGUUGCGUAAUACCGAAAUGCAUUGGGGUGCGCAUUUAGCAGGAGUUCGCGGAAAAGUCCUGGACGCACACGCACGUGUUUUUGAGAUUUUGUAUACCGUUGAAGUUUUCAACUAAAAUAAAACCUUUCGAACUGUAAUUAUCGUUCAAUAAUCGAAAUAAAUAAUUAGGUUUAAGGCCUCGUGUUGCAGAGAAAUUUGGUUGUGGAAAGACCAAAAGUUAUAGGAUCAACAUAUUUAAGUAAAAAAUUCCAACCUCUCCCAAAACCAAAACCAAAAAAAUCGGCGUUUUCGGGAAGAGUCGGUUAGGCUGAUGAAAAAAAGUUUUCAUCCAUAAUCAACAUUGUCUCUAAAAAAGAAGAAAAUCAUGCGACGUCAGCUAGAGUAGGGAGGUAAUAUAAUCAGGUUUUAGGUUUUCGACGGUCAAAUCCCUAUUAAAAAACGCUGCUUUUAGACCCCCUAAAAAAUCUGUGACGUCACAGAUUUCAUCAUGCCUCAAAUAAGUAAAACACGUGACAUCAUGACGGCACACGACAAAAACUGCUGACAAACGCGCAUGCGCAAAUCUGUUUGAAUAGGGAAAUUCCCUACUAAAAUUGCGACCGAUGUUAGUUAAAGUCUGAAUCUACUUAUAAUAAAGAGAAAUGAGUUGGUUCAAGAAUGCAAUUAGUAAAUUAUAUAGCGCUGUCUCAGCGCCGGUAGCAGCAACUCGCGACGCUCUUGCCGAUCGCCUGAAGAGUGUACGAGACACUGUUACUUCUUAUUAUAACAGAGCAAGGGAACAAAUUGCUGGAAGGACGACGCUGCACGAUGAAAUCGAGAGAGAGAGAGAAGCGCGAGAGGACUUUUGGUGGUGGGCUCUAGAUCGCAUACCACAUACAAGCGCGACGACCUUUUAUGGGACUCUAGAAAAUACAGCUAAAAAUGAUUUUAAGAAAGACCUUUUUAAGCUGAGGAAUAAUAGCGUGUUUGGCAAGAUCAUGGAAAACGUUCGCAAGCACCGUGACAUCAAACUGGUGACAACGGACUUUAAUUUACCUCUACGAAAUGCAGCUCUCAAUGGUCACAUCGAGAUGUUUAAACUGUGCAAAGAGUUGGGUGCGACAGACUUUAAUUGGGCCAUGAGACUUGCAGCUGAAAAUGGUCACAGCGAGAUUGUUAAGCUGUGCAAAGAGUGGGGUGCGACAGACUUUAAUUGGACUCUACAAAAUGCAGCUGAAAAUUGUCACAUCGAGAUUGUUAAACUGUGCAAAGAAUGGGGUGCGACGAACUUUAAUUGGGCCAUGAGACUUGCAGCUGGAAAUGGUCACAUCGGGAUUGUUAAACUGUGCAAAGAAUGGGGUGCGACGAAGUUUAAUUGGGCCAUGAACCUUGCAGCUGAAAAUGGUCACAGCGAGAUUGUUGUAUUGCUGCGUGGUUUUGAUGUCAUUCAUGAUGAAUUGCUGCGGCAUCAUCACAAGCGUAAUUUUUAUACAAAACUAUGGAAUGAGGUAAUGCCAGUGGCGUGGCAUCCGGAUCGAUAUUGGAAUUGGUGUGUAGAUGAGGAAGAAAAGCGCGAGAUAUCUAAAUUAUGGAAGUAAUAUCCAGUAUUUUGAUCCUGGUUGAGGUUUAAAAAAUCUAUAAUAAAGAGAUGCCUUUCCUAUCUGCAGAACAAUUUGAUGCCUUGAAAUCAGAACACGAGAGCAUUAUGAAGUGGGGUGAUGUUCAAAAUUGAGUAUGUUGAAGAGAUCAAGAUCAAAAAAAGGUGAUGCAACUGUCAUCACAUUGAUCGAUUGUGAUGGUGAACGAUUUCGAGCAUGGGCAACGAGUGUACUGAGAGAAGCUUUGAUAGGUCGAACAUGUUCAUCAAAUCACUGGGAAAGAAACAAUAUACGAAGAAUCCUGGUCAAUUUUACUAUGAUUACGACCUUGUGGAAGUGGAAGACUAAAAAUUAAUCUUUUGUGACUGGAGACAGUCACAAAAAUAAAAGCCUGGUUGUGCUCAG